CUGCAAGCAACAGACCUAGAUACACUGCAAGCUGUACUUCUGCUUAUGAUAAUGAAGACACAUUACACAGGAUGGUUAGACAAUCUUUGAAAAGCGAUUCAUACUGUGUGAUUUCCCAACCAGGAUCGUCACCUUUGACAACAACAUGACCAACCUUACCAAUGGCAGUGCCUUCUACUGUCACUUUGAAGAACGUUUUAAAUACAUUCUCCUUCCUGUCUGCUAUACCCUGGUCUUUGUAAUUGGCCUGGCACUGAACGCCACAGCGUUGUAUGUGAUUGUGUUUCGCACUAAGCGCUGGAAGCCUUCCACUAUCUACAUGUUUAACCUGACGAUGUGUGACACACUCUACAUCUUCACUCUGCCCUUCCUCAUCUAUUACUACGCAGAUCAAAACGACUGGCCCUUCAGCGAACCAUUCUGCAAGCUCAUACGCUUCCUGUUUUAUACCAACUUAUAUGGUUCCAUUCUGUUCCUGUGCUGUAUCAGCCUGCAUCGCUUCGUUGGGAUCUGCUAUCCAGUCCGCUCCCUCUAUUGGGUCAGCGCUCGUCGGGCCAGGCUGGUAUCUGUUGCAUUGUGGGCCCUUGUUUUAUUCUGCCAGUCACCUAUUCUCUACUUCUCAAGAAUUAGGGAUGUGGAAGGUGAGCGGAUCUGCUACGACACCACUAGCCCAGAGCUUUUUUAUGACUUCCUGGUGUACAGCUCAGCUGUGUCACUGCUAAUGUUUGCCUUGCCCUUCAUGGUGGUAAUGGUGUGCAAUGGCCUCAUGGUGCGGAAGCUUCUGGAGCCCGGCUGGGGGUCUGAAGGGGGCGAGAGGGGAGGCCUGUCAGCCAAACAUUCCAAGCAGAAGUCAGUGAAGAUGAUCAUCAUUGUGCUGGCAGCGUUCAUGCUCUGCUUCCUGCCCUUCCACGUCAACAGGAGUCUUUACUACUCUUUAAGAUACCUAAGGCAGGUCGAUCCCUCACAGAUCAGCUGCAAGUUGCUGGAGGGGUCCAGUGUGGCCUACAAGGUGACCCGACCUUUAGCCAGUGCCAACAGCUGCGUGGACCCCAUCCUUUACUUCCUGGCUGGGCAGGGUGCUCGCAGUAGCCUCACCAAGAAGAACAAGUCAUCAAAACCAACAAGUGUGAGCACACACUUGACCACACAACUCUGAUCCAAUAUAACUAUAUUGGCAAAAAUGCAGAAAGAUAUGGGGAAAAGGGCAUUACUUAUUGCCGGUUUCUUCUGGUAGAUGGGCCUCCCCACACUGACACCGACAGACAAUGCAUUAAGAUUAACCAGUAGAAGUGCAUGUUCAGAUUUGACUGAAGGGUAUGAAUAAACAUCUAAAUUAUGUAGUGGGCAUUAAAAUCUGUUAAAUGAUUUCUACAGACCAUGGUAUGUUAUGUUUGAAAAGCUAUAAUGUAUGGACAGAACUACUACAGAACCAUAUUGAGCUCCA